AUGCCCAUUUACAGGGUUUCCGAGAGUUUUGUAGGCUCACGAGGGACCGUCUACUCCGGCUGCACGGCGCCACCCUCGGGUGCCCCCCGCCUGACACUGGCAGUCCUGGUCGGUAUGAACGCCAAGGCGGCGCACAAGUUGGUGGAGACCAUCGCGGCUCACUCCAGCAGGAUGCCCGUCACGCUCUUCCUCUACGGAGACUUCGUGGAAACUUUUCCCGAACUGGUGACGGAAUGGGCCAAAACUUUCACUAUAGGCAUGCGCGAGGGCCAACCAUUUCCGCUAGGGCACUUCACGCUACAGGCACAGAGCUGGAUCCGGAUGGGGCUGGUCAGCACGAUACAGCGCCUGAGCGAAGUGGACCUACAGACAGCCUACUACUUGCCUGAGAAAGUGACAGACGCCGUGAAAAGUGAAGCUAAGUCUCGGGGGCUGAGGAUCAUCCAACCGACAGCUCGCUUCCCUCCUACCGAUGAAAAGUGGCUCCUGUCUGUUGCAAACUACUACAAGUACCGAGACGUGGAGAGGGUGCCCAAAGCUCUCCGUGUCAUCGCCAAUCAACUGGACAACAAGGGGGGUAUUGUCAGUCUGGACUCAGAUCACCCGGACAGUUACAUGAUCUCCGUCUUCCUCAUGGACUAUCUGGCCGAGAAGUCCGGCUACAAUCUAGUUAGCAUUACAGAAUGUCUAAAGUAG